UGUACUCGGUCAGCUGACCAAAGAAUGUGCGAGUUAGCAAACAUUGCAGUCUCUCGCCCGCAGCUCGGAGGGGAAGCACGAUUCCACGUCGAGGCCCGUUUGAGCGCAUGUCGUCACCGGGAUAGUUCGAUGAAUGGAUCCGACCGCCGCUACUGAGCCGCCGGUGCAAAGCGACUGCGAGCCGGAGAGUAGUUCAUUCCGGAGCUGGUGGCCUUCUUGGCGUCCGACAUCCAUGUCCCGUCUGAAGGCGACCGACAGCAAGAUCCUGAGCUGUAUUCAAAAUGAUCUUUGGGCUCGGUUUGUCACACUUCCAACCCAAGAUCGAAUAUGGACUCUGACCAUCACCAACAAAGUAGCGAAAAAACCUGCCGAGCAAGUUUCUAAAACUCCCCUGGUGAUGGUCCACGGCUUUGGGGGAGGGGUAGGCCUAUGGAUUAGGAACCUGGAUCCAUUGAGUCGGGCACGGCCCGUUCACGUCUUUGACCUCCUCGGGUUCGCCAGAAGUUCCAGGCCGACUUUCCCGUCCGACGCGGACAAAGCCGAGGAGCAGUUUGUCACCUCCAUAGAGCACUGGAGGCAGGCUGUCGGCGUGGAGAAAAUGGUCCUGCUGGGUCACAGCCUGGGUGGGUACCUGGCUACGUCCUACGCCAUCCAGUACCCCUCAAGAGUGUCCCAUUUAAUCCUGGUCGACCCCUGGGGGUUCCCCGAGAGUCCAAACGUCCAGAACCAGGAGGGCCGAGGUCAGGCCGCCGAGUUGGUGAGGAGGUCGUCUCCGCCACGCUGGGUGAAAGCCAUCAUCUCCGUCAUUUCCCUCUUCAACCCACUGGCUGUCAUCCGGGCGGCCGGCCCCUGGGGUCCGGGUCUGGUGACCAAAUUUCGCCCCGAUUUCAAGAGGAAGUUUGAAGAUCUGUUUGACGAUGACACCAUGACCCAGUACAUCUACCACUGUAACGCUCAGACUCCGAGUGGAGAGGUGGGUUUCCGGGCCAUGGCCGAGUCUCUGGGCUGGGCUAAGAAGCCCAUGAUCCACCGGGUCCACCUGCUGCCCAGCACCAUGCCGCUCACCAUGCUCUACGGGGCCCAGUCCUGGGUCGACAGCGCCUCAGGGGAGAAGGUGGUACAAAUUAGGGGCCCCACCCACACUAAAGUGCUGCUUGUAAACGACGCUUCUCAUCACGUGUAUGCCGACCAACCAAAGAAGUUCAACAAAGUGGUAGACAACAUUUGUAACUCCGUGAACUGAGUGUGGUGUGUGUGUGUGUGUAUGUUUGAAUGUGUGUUUGUGUGUGUGUGUUUUUAUAAAGCGAAGCCCAGGAAGUUUUUUUUUUUUUCAUAUGAUUUUUCUGCAUCUGUACAUUGAAAAAGACAUUUCGUCCUGAUCUGUCCUCAUUUAUCCAUGCUAAGGUUUGGCCAUUGUUGUGAAAAAGAAGUCAGUUUGUUGCUGUUUUGAAGCAUAACAAAAACAUGUUGUCUUAAUUGGCCAGUGUAGGAAAAACAACUAAAAUAUGUUAUUUUUUUACAAUAACUAAAGCGAAGAUUAUUCCUCUAUGCCAUAAUGUUUGUUCAUUAAAAGCAAUAAAAUAUUUGAAACAGUU